CUACAGAUUCCCAACCGCGGAAAAUACGCCGCGGCGAAAUUUGCCGGAACAAACUGGUCCUUCGAGCCGGAUUUCGUUAAACGAACAACGGUGCUUCGGGAAAAUCGCGCAAGUGAACUCAGUGCUUCAAGUGCAUCUGGCUUUUCUUCUUCACCUGUGGAGAACUUCUUCGGCGAUCCAGAUCAGCGAAAAUCUCCAACCAGGAAUCUGAAAAGAAGAGCCGAUUGAAAACCGGUUACGUAACCAUCCUUUGUUUCAACGGCAACGACCACGCUUUGUGACGUCACGCCGAGAGCCUAACGACUUUGGGUAAGUCAGCGCGACUAAUAUUUACCAACAUUACGGUACGCGUUGAAAGGCUUAGAAGUACGGUCUCAGUGGUUCUCUAUCGAAAUAUUAAAUUAAAUUUCGCCUUGAAUUGCGAUCAUGACUACGUCCUUUUCGGAUCUUCUGCGUGAACAAGAGGAAGUAGCGGGGUGGAUACAAAGAUUCUGGGCUAACGUAUGCAAGUUAGGAAAGGACAAGCUGACGGGAGCGGUUUUAGAGCAGAGACAGGGUUUGCUCAACCGAUACUGGGACACGUUCCUUAGCGGACACCGUAAAUUGAUGAGAUGCAAGGAGGCGAGUUCUAGUUCAUACGUCAAAGAGGACGCCUUUUCGGUCACAGAAGAAGCUUACCUCGACGCAGCCUCCAUGAUUUCCCAUCACCUGAAAGAGCUGCCGUCCCCUUGCUCCUCGCAAGUCCAACCGUCCAAGAUUGCGCCUCCGCCCCACCCGCAACUGCCUAAAAUUGAAUUGCCGAAAUUUUCGGGCGAUCCGUUACAAUGGGAGAGCUUUCGCGACCUUUUUAAAAGUCUAGUCCAUGACGUCAGCCACUUACCUGAUGUACAGAAGCUACUCUAUUUGAAGUCUAGUUUGACAGGUGAGGCCGCCGAGGUCAUUCGGAAUACGCCGACAACGGACUCCGGCUUCAGGGGAGCAUGGGACGAUCUGGAAACCCGGUACGGUAACAUUCGUCUGUUAUCGUUUUCCCAUCAUCGAGCGCUCCUCUCGUGCCCACCAGCCCUGCAGCAGUCAGCUGGCGAAUUGAAGCGGCUUUUAGACACUUUCCGCCAGGCGAUUAGGGCGUACGUUGCGCUGAGGAAACCCGUUACUUCAUGGGAUGAGUGGUUUGUAUACUUACUAAGCCAAAAGCUUGACAAAACUACUCACCUUGCUUGGGAGACUUCUUUGGCGGAUAGCCGGGAAAUCCCGCGGUUUCAGCAAUUAUCGCAGUUCUUGGAGAACCGGAUCCAAGCUUUAGGCGCUGCAGGCAUGACGGACCCAUCGCUACACGCUGUGUCGCCGACCAGCUCCAAGGAAAUCAAACCUAAAACAAAAGGAGGAGCAUCAGCAAAAGGCGUUAACUCUAACGUCUUAGCCGCAGCAUCAAAGUCGCCCCCGGCCCGGAAAUGUCCGGGGUGUUCGGGCACCCACGGUCUAGGAUUUUGUUAUAAAUUCAAGGCGCUGUCGCCGGCAAAACGCAAGGAGCGCGUCCAACAGCUGAAGGCCUGCCUGAGCUGUUUGAAUGUAGGACACGAAGUGGGUAAGUGUCCGUCUAAACAAGUCUGUUUAGCUUGUAGCAAGCGACACCAUACGUUACUGCACGAGGCGCUGACGGCUCCACCAGACCGUGAAGGCGGACAGCCGGCACGAGAAGACGCUGCCUCGACGUCUGACGACGCAACUCAGCAGGUGACUACCCUCUCUCUAUCGGUUGGUUCAAAAGCCGUGGCCUUACUCGCAACCGCCAAGGUGAGAUUGGAGGCGCCAUCAGGAGAAACCGUAGAGGUCCGGGCCCUUCUGGACACCGGCCCCGAUACCUCUCUCGUCUCAUCGUGGGUCGCUCAGGCGCUACGUCUUCCACGGCGGGCGGUGCGAGUGGCCAUCUCAGGCGUUAAGGACAAUGAGGUUGGACACGCGACCGGAGAGGUAUCACUUGUAGUUCGACCCCGACACACUUCGGACUUCCGAUUACCAGUUCGUGCGUUGGUACUCCGCAAACUAACGUCGUUGCUCCCGAGCAAACGCAUCGUGGCAAAGUCUUGGCCGCAUAUUACCUAA